CUCCGGGAAUUCGUGAUGCAACAUCAUCUCAUCCAUCAGCUAUCGAACAAUAAUAGUCAAAGAAUAAUCGAGCCUCCUCACCGUCCGGUUCGGUUCGAUUACAAUUGCUUGAUUGAUUGAUUGAGAAAAGAAAGCAUGGCUUCGUUUGUACAGAACAUCCUAUGGAACUCGGUCGAAGGCUUCGUGGAGGCAGGGAAGAGAACCGCGGGCGGAUAUGCAGGCGAUGCUUUGAUCAAGGCGGGCGAUUUGGUUGAGAAUUCAGGGCGGAAUAUCGGAGAUGGCCUCGAACGCCGCGCCUCAAACUACAGCACCGCCAUCUCAGGCCAAACCUACCAACCCUCAGCGAAAGCACUCCCUUCCACCGCGCGCAAACCAUCAGCAGUCAAGCGCUCGAACUCGAGUCCAGCGAGCACGAAGGCCGUAGGACCGAGCAGCAGAACGCCGCUUGGCGCGAACAAGUACCCCGGCGGGAAACAAGUCGGAAGCGCCGCGAAGAAGCAGAUCACAUCGGGAGCCACGGGCGCGAAGAGCGCAGUAGGCGGCGGUGCGAAAUCCGCAGCAGCAACAGCAAAGAGCAGCCUGCCAAAAGCAUACCCCAACAACGUACCGUACGGCACCAAAAUCACUCCUACUUCAUCCAGCUCCAGUUCCUACAAACCAUUAUACGGCGGCGGGGGCAACUCAGGCCCCUCUGCGCCUGAGAAGAAAACGGCUGUUAAGCCAGGCCAGCCGAAGCCGUUUAAUGCUGGCGGGCAGAAAGACGAGAAGAAACAGACGACGUAUCCGGGGACGAAUACGCUGCCGGGGCAGGGAGGGAAGGCGCCGGUCACGGCGAAGAAGUAUAAGCCGAUGGAGAGGAUGGCGCCUCCGGCGGAGAGGGGGAAGAUGCAGCAUAUUGCUGUCUGAGCGGGGCGGAGUGGAAAACGGGGGUGAGGUGAGGUAGUUGGGAGAAGUUGGGAGUGCUGGAUGCAUGGCGUUUUAGGGAGGCGGGUUCGCAUAAUCGGUCCGUAUGCACAGUACAUUAAAAGUAUGAGAUGCUGAAAGUUCAUGGGGUUUCGGAGAUAUGUGCAGCAUUAUCCAUCUGCUUAGGGCGCAAUAGAACAAUUCUUCGCAAUGAGAAAGAGUAGCACUCAGCUCAGCGCUG